AGCACAGCCUCCUGCGGUAUCCCGUACGGCGCAGCGGCUUUUCCAGCGGCAUACCAAGUGCGUCCUCGCCGAGGGAUGGGAGGUGCAGCUCCCGGGUCUCAGAGCACUCAGAGCGGCGUAGUAGAGUCCUGCUGAACGGGGAAUGCUGCUGGAAGUCUGCUGCUAUUUCUUUUUCCCGUGCAGGAAUCGCAUUCUAACUACAAACCUACCGGGGAUUUAAAGUGGACAAGUCGUUUGAUCCGGAUAUAACAUUAUUCUGAGCAUUUCUCAUUUUUGGGGGGAGUAAAAGGAGUUGGGGAUUGCUCUGGACGUGCCUCUUAUCCGCAGUGUCGAUGCGGCUGCGGCUGUGAAGUGAUAUCUGCAUAGAUUACAGGUACAUAAUGUCCUCCAUCUCAAGAGAGGCUUGAUCCUGAUUGGCCGACAGUACUGGUCUGUGCCUCGUUCCCUCGCCUCACCGCUCCCACCGUCAGCACAGCCAUGACAGCCCUCACCAGGACAUGGACCUGCUUUUUUGUAUGCUGCUUCCUGUUUAGUCUGGCGCUUCAUGUGACAUCACAAACAGUGGUGCAAGCCCCACAGGCUCACAGUGCCGGCUCCCAGGUGAUCACAGUGUCCCUUCAGGAGGAGGAGUAUGCAUCAUUUCGUGCUGAGAACCCUGAGUGGACAUUCAACCAUCUGGCUGUGGACUAUCGCAAUGGUAAUGUUUAUUUGGGAGCCGUCAAUCGCAUAUACAAACUGUCUCCGGGCUUGGAGGUGCAGGUAUCCCAUGAGACUGGCCCAGAUGAUGACAACCGCAAGUGCUACCCACCACGUAUUGUCCAGCCAUGCAGUGAGCCGUUGACACUCACCAACAAUGUCAACAAGAUGCUUCUGAUGGACUAUCGGGAGAACCGGCUGCUGGCAUGUGGCAGCCUCUACCAGGGCAUCUGCAAACUCCUCCGUCUAGAUGACCUCUUCAAACUAGGAGAGCCCUUCCACAAGAAGGAGCACUACCUCUCUGGUGUCAAUGAAAGUGGCUCUGUGUUUGGCGUCAUUGUUUCAUAUGGCAAUGCCUCUCCGGACAUGCUGUUUGUAGCCACAGCAGUGGAUGGCAAGCCAGAGUAUUUCCCUACCAUCUCUAGCCGCAAGUUGGCCAGAAACUCAGAGGAGGAUGGCAUGUUUGCCUAUGUCUUCCACGAUGAGUUUGUGGCCUCUAUGAUUAAGAUCCCUUCAGACACUUUCACUGUCAUCCCAGACUUUGACAUAUACUACAUCUAUGGCUUUGCCAGUGGGAACUUUGUCUACUUUCUGACUUUACAGCCUGAAAUGGGGGGUGGCCCGACUACCGGAUCCUCCUCUGCUGGGCGGGAGCAGGUCUACACUUCCAAGAUAGUCCGCCUUUGUAAGGCAGACACCGCCUUCAACUCCUAUGUGGAGGUGCCCAUUGGAUGCAUUAGUGGCAACGUGGAGUACCGAUUACUUGAGGCGGCCUACUUGUCCAAAGCUGGUGCUAUCCUGGCACGCUCACUAGAUGUGGCACCGGAUGACGAUGUAUUGUUUGCUGUCUUCUCGAAAGGCCAGAAGAGACGUCCACGUCAGGCCUCCCAGGACUCUGCACUAUGCGUUUUCUCUCUGCGGAAGAUCAAUGAGAAAAUCAAGGAGAGGCUGCAGUCCUGCUAUAAGGGUGAGGGCACGCUGGACCUGGCUUGGCUCAAAGUCAAAGAUAUCCCCUGCAGCAGUGCGCUCUUGACCAUCGAUGAUGACUUUUGUGGCCUCGACAUGAACGCACCAUUGGGUGUGUCUGAGAUGGUGCGUGGCAAGCCUGUCUUCUCUGACGCUGUCGACAAAAUGACCUCCGUCAUUGCCUACGUCUACAAGAACCACUCGCUCGUCUUCGUGGGCACAAAAAGUGGCCGAGUCAAGAAGAUCCGGGUAGACGGCUCCUCUCGUGCCCUGCAGUAUGAGACGGUGCAGGCGGUGGAGAGUGGACCCAUCCUCAGAGACAUGGCCUUCUCUUCUGACCACCACUACCUCUAUGUCAUGUCAGAGACCCAGCUGUCAAGGGUGCCAGUGGAGGCCUGUGGCCAAUACUCAACCUGCAGUGAAUGUCUUGGAUCAGGAGAUCCCCACUGUGGCUGGUGUGUCCUGCAUAACAUGUGCGCCAGAAAGGAGAAAUGUGAGCGCUCAUCAGAGCCGCGGCGCUUUGCAUCGGACAUCAAGCAGUGUGUGCGUCUCAGUGUCCACCCAAACAACAUCUCAGUGUCCCAGUUUAGUGUCACGUUGGUGUUGGAAGCCCAUAAUGUCCCAGAACUUUCUGCGGGUGUCAACUGCACCUUCGAGGAUCUGGCUGAGAUGAACGGCUUGGUGGAGGGAAACCGAAUCAAGUGCUUCUCACCUGCUGAGAAGGAGAUGCCACGCAUUAUUGUUGACAAAGACACUGAUGUAUUUUCUCUAGGUGACCACCAGAUUGUGCAGCUCUAUCUCAAGUCCAAGGAGACAGGCCUGGCAUUCGCAAAUACCAGUUUUGUUUUCUACAACUGUAGUGUGCACAAAUCGUGUCUGUCAUGUGUGAGUAGCCCCUACCAGUGCCACUGGUGCAAAUACAGACAUGACUGCACCCACGACCCUCGCACAUGCUCCUUCCAGGAGGGACGAGUCAAGAAGCCUGAGGGGUGUCCCCAGUUACUGCCUGCAGAGAGGAUCCUGGUUCCAGUCAACGUGGUGAAGCCCAUCACACUACGGGCAAAGAACCUCCCCCAGCCCCAGUCUGGUCAGAGGGGCUACGAGUGUCUGCUGACCAUCCAGGGAAACGAGCACAGAGUUCCUGCCCUGCGCUUCAACAGCUCUUCAGUGCAGUGUCAAAACACCUCGUAUUUCUACGAUGGGAUGGAGAUGAGCAGCCUUCCUGUGGAGCUGACCGUCAUCUGGAACGGAGAUUUCAGUAUUGACAACCCCGCCCACAACAAAGUCCAUCUGUACAAAUGUGACGCCCAGCGAGGAAGCUGUGGUUUGUGUCUGAAGGCAGACCCGCUGUUUGGGUGUGUCUGGUGUAAAGGAGAGAACCGCUGCACCCUCAAGCAACACUGCCCCCAUCCUGAGAACCAGUGGCUGGAGCACAACGGCAUCAACAGCAAGUGCACCCACCCACGGAUCACACAGAUCACCCCUCUGCGGGGUCCCAGGGAGGGCGGCACGCUUGUGACCAUCCGUGGUGAGAACCUGGGACUGGAGUUCAGAGAGAUUCAGGAUAACGUGAAGGUGGCCGGAGUGGAUUGCACUCCUAUACGUGAGGGCUACAUCCCUGCUGAACAGAUUGUGUGUGAGAUGGGUAAAGCAGAGAAGAGCCAGUAUACUGGGCAUGUGCAGGUCUGUGUGGGAGUUGGAGAAUGUAUAGCAGAAUUCACAGCAAAUUCCUCCAAGUACUACUACUUUGUGAUCCCAAGGAUUAUCAACCUCAAGCCCAGCAGAGGGCCAGUCUCUGGAGGAACCAUUGUCAACAUCACCGGCAGCCACCUUGAUGCUGGGAGCAAUGUGUCAAUCAUGUUUAAGGACCAGCCAUGCACUUAUCUCAGGAGGGGUGGCCAGUGGCUCACCUGCCGAACCCAUGCUUCCCUGCACGGCUAUGGAAAUGUGUCUGUGUCUGUGAGCAUAGACAGAGCUCAUCUCCAGAGAGACCUGCGGUUUGAAUAUGUGGAGGAUCCCACCAUCACCAAGAUAGAGCCUGAGUGGAGCAUCUACAGUGGACACACCCCAGUGACAGUGACAGGAACUAACCUGGACAUCAUUCAGACACCACUCAUCAGAGCCAAAUACAAUGGCCAUGAGACACUCAAUUUGUGCCAGGUACUCAGUCCUACAUCCAUGCUGUGUCAAGCCCCAGAGCUGCCCAUCAGCCUGGCCAGACACCAAGAGGUGCCUGAACGACCCAACGAGUUUGGCUUCAAACUGGACGACGUGCAGGCUCUGAUGGCACUCAACACCACCAAUUUUAUCUACUACCCCAAUCCUGAAUUUGAAGCACUCAGUGUGUCUGGGGUUCUGGAGCUUAAACCUGGGUCACCUAUCAUUCUAAAGGGGCGGAACUUCCUUCCACCAACCAACAGUGGGAACGGAAAGCUGAACUACACAGUUCUGAUUGGAGAGAAACCCUGCAUGUUAACAGUGUCAGAGACCCAGCUGCUCUGUGAGUCCCCCAACCUGACUGGUCGACACAAGGUCCUGGCACGUGUGGGUGGUAUCGAGUUUUCCCCAGGUGUGGUCCACAUCACAUCUGACAGCCCGCUCAGCAGCACUGCAAUCAUUGGCAUUGCUGCAGCCGGAGCCCUGCUCAUCCUCUUCAUCGUGGUGGUGCUCAUUGCCUACAAGCGCAAGUCUCGUGAGAGUGACCUGACCUUGAAGAGGCUGCAAAUGCAGAUGGACAACCUGGAGUCACGUGUGGCUCUGGAGUGCAAAGAGGCUUUUGCAGAGCUCCAGACAGACAUCCAUGAGCUGACCAGUGAUCUGGAUGGUGCAGGAAUCCCCUUCUUGGAUUACAGGACCUACACCAUGAGGGUCCUCUUCCCAGGCAUCGAGGAACAUCCUGUACUGAGAGACCUGGAGGUGCCUGGCUACCGCCAAGAGCAAGUAGAAAAAGGACUGAAGCUCUUCGGCCAGCUCAUUAACAACAAGGUCUUCCUGCUGUGUUUUAUUCGCACUCUGGAGGCCCAGCGUGGUUUCUCCAUGAGGGACCGGGGCAACGUGGCCUCACUUAUAAUGACAGUGCUGCAGAGCAAGUUGGAGUAUGCCACUGAUGUCCUAAAGCACCUCCUGUCUGACCUCAUAGACCGCAACCUUGAGAGCAAGAACCACCCCAAACUGCUGCUCCGCAGGACUGAGUCUGUAGCAGAGAAAAUGCUGACCAACUGGUUUACGUUCCUCCUCUACAAGUUUCUGAAGGAGUGUGCAGGCGAGCCUCUCUUCUCCCUCUUCUGUGCCAUCAAGCAGCAGAUGGAGAAAGGCCCCAUUGACUCCAUCACAGGAGAGGCGCGCUACUCACUCAGUGAGGACAAGCUCAUCAGACAACAGAUUGACUACAAGACGCUGGUGGUGAACUGCAUCCAUCCGGAGAAUGAGAAGAGCCCAGAGAUCCAGGUUAAAGUGCUGAACUGUGACACCAUCAGUCAGGUGAAGGAGAAGAUCCUGGAUGCCAUCUACAAGAACGUCCCACACUCACACCGCCUAAAGGCCUCUGACAUGGACCUGGAGUGGCGCCAGGGUAGAGGACAGCGCAUGAUCCUGCAGGACGAGGAUGUCACCACUAAGAUUGAAGGUGACUGGAAGAGACUGAACAUGUUGGCUCAUUAUCAGGUACCUGAUAAUGCAGUAAUGGCCUUGGUUCCCAAGCAAGUUACAGCCUAUAAUUCAGUAAACAAUUCCACUGUGUCUCGAACCUCUGCAAGUAAAUAUGAGAACAUGAUCAAGUACACUGGAAGCCCUGACAGCCUGCGUUCCCGCACUCCGAUGAUCACUCCUGACCUGGAGAGCGGGGUCAAGGUUUGGCACCUGGUGAAGAACCAUGAGCAUGGAGACCAGAAGGAGGGCGACCGCGGCAGCAAGAUGGUUUCUGAGAUCUACCUGACACGACUUCUGGCUACCAAGGGUACAUUACAGAAGUUUGUGGAUGACCUGUUUGAGACCAUCUUCAGCACAGCCCAUCGAGGCAGUGCCCUGCCACUGGCCAUCAAAUACAUGUUUGACUUCCUGGAUGAGCAGGCAGACAAACACAACAUCCAUGACCCACAUGUUCGACACACAUGGAAGAGCAACUGCCUACCUCUGCGUUUCUGGGUGAAUGUGAUCAAGAACCCCCAGUUUGUGUUUGACAUCCAUAAGAGCAGCAUCACAGACGCCUGUCUGUCUGUGGUAGCCCAGACCUUCAUGGACUCCUGCUCCACCUCAGAACACCGCCUUGGGAAGGACUCACCCUCCAACAAGCUGCUUUAUGCCAAGGACAUCCCCAGCUACAAGAGCUGGGUGGAGAGGUACUACUCAGACAUUAGUAAGAUGCCAGCGAUCAGCGACCAGGACAUGAAUGCCUACUUGGCAGAGCAGUCACGGAUGCACAUGAAUGAGUUCAACACCAUGAGCUCUCUCAGUGAGAUUUACUCCUAUGUCGGCAAAUACACUGAGGAGAUUGUGUGUUCACUGGAGCAGGAUGAUGCAGCCAGGAAACAGAGGCUGGCCUUCAAGCUGGAGCAGGUGGUGGCCUUCAUGAGUCUGGAGAGCUGAGGACCGCACUUCCCAGGGCGCACUGGGAAGAGACCCCAUCAGAAACCGAGCCGUGCCUGAGCGAAGACCUGUCCCCAUCUUUUUCAUCAUGUGACUUCCUACGCCUUUCAAAGAUGACUUCUUCCUUGAUCUUUUUUCUGCUUCCUCUUCCCCAAGAAAUAUUUUGUUUUCCUCAUCCACUCUGCUGCAUAGACUAGUUUACCUGAAUAUAUCUGAAGGGUGGUUCGGGGCUGAGGUUGGCGUCUCCCACAGUGCAAUGCGGGGGACCCCUCAGCUUCACCACAGGGAGCGCUUCAAGGGGUGAUUGCUUGAAAGCUGGCCAUAUUGGCAUACUUCAGUCCCCCUGCUGGAAGAAAAGAGGGGAAAAAACAUUUUUAUGUUGCCUUCAAGAAUUUACACUGAUAGGUAAUUCUUUAAAAACCACAAUGUUGGGUGUCCAUUUUGUUGAGAACUUUUUUCAAAAUAGGAUAGUUAAAAUAAAACCAUCUCUAGAGUCCAGUUUAUUGUAGUUCUAUAUUCAAUAUAGGGAAUCAAGAGGAAACAUCAAAAAUGAUGACUGCAAGCCAAAUGAACACCUCUGAAGAAAAUUAAUGCAAGGAUGGUUUGCCAAGUUUACACUGUACCUACAAGCAAAGCAUACAUAUCUGUGAAAUUUGGGGCGAGUCCAGGCAAACCUAGAAUGUUCUUGUGUUCUUUCAAUGUAGCUGGAGUUGUAUUUAAGAGUAAGACUGAUGGGGGAUAGGGAAGGAUUAGUGCUUCUCUGAACUUUUCCUUUAUUGAAACGUGACUGACACUAAAACUUUACAAACCAGAGCAUCUCCAACCUGUAUCCCUUUGCAACAUUCGCACAUUUUUCCCUGCCCAGCGUACAUUUACUUCAAAGAAAAUGCUCAUGAUUUCUGCUUCCAUCUGGCUUAUGUGGCUACUGCAAAAUUAACCUAUUAGAUAAAACCCUGGAGGCCCUGACCCAAGUUGGAUCCUCUGUAAGAAGCACACAACCAACUCUGGAAGACAGUGUUUUGACUGCUAAUCCAAACACCGGGAGCAGUCUUUGGCUCUUGCCACUUCCAAUCUUGUGUCGCCACUGCGACGGUCUAUCAAAGCACACACACAUGCACAGAUACACACAAUCAGCAGCUGCCCAAGUUCCCAACUGCCCAGAUAUUUACUCUAACUCUGGAGGAGGAAAAGGGAAGAGCUGACUGAAAUGUACUGGGUAAGAAACUGCUUGAUCAUGAAAAAUAAGAAGAAUGAUUCAAUACAGUGAAGUCAGAGACUGCUGACUUCUACCUAAAGGGGCUCUGUUGAGAGAGUAGCACUUCUUUCCCAGGAUGUUCUUAUUUAAAGACUUUUGUGUGGAGAAAUCAACCAAGAUGGAUUUCGUCGGUCAGCCAAAAACCAAAGGAGCUUGAAAUUUUCAAAACGGUCAAAAAUGUAUUUGUAAAGUGCCACUGAGGAACUGACAGAAAAAGGACUAUGUAAAAGACAACCACGUCUAGGACAAAAAAAAUAUUGUGACUGGAACUUAAAGAAACCUGUGUGAUUUUUCUGACCUCAGUGUGUCGAGGUGAGAGGCUCUGUGGGCGAGGUGAUCUGAUCCUCCUUUCUCUUUCCAUCGUCCCGGGUCUCUCCGGCUCUCGGCACACCGUUCACCCCUGUGUCCGGCUCCUGACUUACCAGUUUUCUUAUCUGUUUUGCACAAGCGUUGGAGAUGGUAGCUAGUUGCAUACGGCAAAACCCCAACUCUUGAGUGUGUAACUGUUGAGGCGCUCUUGUCUGUAUUAGUGUAGUUGUCCUCAGUGGCGGCAGGGGGCAGCCUUCUCCAAGCCUCAAAAAAAAAAAGAAAAAAAAAAAAGAAAAAGAAAAAAUCUGAUAAAGCAGAGCAGGAACAGAACAAGAAACGAGCAUCACGGCAGGAUAAAUAGAAAAAUGAUAGACAUUAAAAGUAGGUAAGACUUGUUGGAUGUGAACCCCCACUGUGGGAGAGAGCGAUUGAAAGAGAGAUGAUGGAGGCGCCCUCCGUACCUUUUGACCUCUGCCCUUUCUUUUGCCUUGACAACGUGCCCCAUGUGGUGAUGUGAAUGUGUGAAGACCGCCCUAGGUCCACCUUGGGUCCUUUAUUGGCUUUUUAAGCGCAUGUAAAACGUAAACAAUUUAAGAAACUUAUUUAAAAAAAAAUGAAAAAUAAGAAAAUUAAGCCUUGCAAUGAUGAUGUGGAUGUGUUCUUUUAUCUUUCUUUUGCUUGGAAGAAUCGAGAUGGAAAAGUGGAUUGUUCAUGUAAUAAAAACUAUAACUUUCGUUUAAGGUGGAACCUUUAUCCAGUUCAACCCUAUUGCAGAACCUCAUGGCCAUGGUUUUUGUGAAGUGUUAGAUGCUAAAUAUUAUAUACCCUUGCAUGUUGACCUGUUUGGAUGGUAUGAAAUGGAACUGCCUUGCUCAAAGAUAUUUAUAUACUUCUACUACUACAAGGGACUUUAAAGUCAUUUACAAGCCAACUGCUCAUUUUAAGAUUAUGGAUUUCACCAGACAACACAAACCCUAUUUGUAAAUUCUACAGUAGGACCAUCUUUCUUGUCCCUUUAACUCUGUCUUCCAUUACAGUCCAUCCAUUUUCUGUUACAGCUGUGUCUCCUCUGUGGUUUUAGUUCUGGUAGAAGAUGCAAGUUGAGUCUUGCUCUUUCUUUGCUGCUAUUACGUCUUGUUUUUUACUGCAUUGGAUUAAUUCAUCAUAACUGCUUUGUUUUUCUCCAUCAGUUGAGCCCAGAAUAGAAACGAGAGUCCAAAAGAUGGAUACUUGGGUUUGACAAAAGUCCAUUUCACAAAAAGCAACAAAAGACUAGAUCAGUUGCCAAAAUGUUCGUCACAAAACACAAACGUUACAAUCCCUUUCGAUUAAAAAAAAAGAAAAAAGAAAAAAAAACCUGGAAGAAACUAUGAACACAUGUGAUUUAUCAAACAGAUUAACACAGCUUUCUAACAGGAGAGGCACGUCAGACUUGAUAGUAGACUUAUGUUAAAGACUGAGUUUGGCAAGUGACUGUUUUUAGCCCUUGUGUCAAAUGUAUGUGAGAUAUCCAACCCAUUUUCCAUUAUAACCGUCUGCAGCUAUACAGUAUGAUGAAUGUCUGUUGUUUCAACUUGGAGGGGUACAUUCACAAGGUGUUUGCUGGACAUGUUGAGUCGUAAACAUAUCAAAUAUAUUACUGUUACUAUUAUCUGUUAUUGGAGAAUAAGGACUGAUUUAGCAUCUGGAUGAUUAAUUCAUGCAAGACUGGCAUUAAUAUUGUAAGAAACUUACCACUGACACACAUUUAGACAAUUUCAAAGAACCUCUUUCAUUCAUGUAGCCAUUGUAUACUGUGUCUAGAUACCCAAAGUACCCCCUAACAGCCGUGUGUUCCUAAAUAACACAAGGUGAGAGUCCUGGACUGUCAUUGUGAAUCUGCCCCCCAGUGAAACUUCCUGUCUUUCAUUUCUCCCUGCCCCCCGCCCCCCACCCUGCAACAAAAGGUUGUCUGCUAGUAGCUACCUUGUGUUGCCAAGAGCACAGAUAAAGUUUCCACCUUCAAACGUUUUGUAGGAACUAAAAAUGUCCUCCUAGCUCAGUGUUAUAGCAGGUGUUACAGAAACAUGCUAGAAAAGACUUUUACUAGACCAUAUUUGAAAGAUAAAGAGUAUCUUAUCGAGAGAGAAAAACGAAACCUGGGGGAUAUAAGGCGAGCUUCUCUAACUUUGUUAUAAUUAAUUGUAUACCUGUGUAUGUAAAUAUAAUGCAUUCCUAUUUUGCAGUCAAGAACAAAAUACUAUUUGUAAUAUAGAAUAAACUUUA